AUGGCAGACAAGUACGGUCCAAUCUUUACUAUAUGGCUUGGCAAGAACUGUGCCCUGGUAAUCAACAACUAUGAAGCAGUCAAGGAAUGUUUCACCACAAACGACAGAGUUUUCGCCACUAGACCAAGCUCUGCGCAGGCCAAGUACCUAGCUUACAAUGGUGCAGCAUUAGGGCUCUCACCUUAUGGCGCAUAUUGGCGGAGUAUGAGAAAGUUGGCUAUCAAUGAGUUACUCUCUAGUCGUAGGCUAGAGACUCUGAAACAUGUACAAGUCUCUGAGGUUGAUGCUUUUGUUAAAGGGUUGUAUUCAGUUUGGGAAAACAGAGGACAUGAUGGUCAAAGCAAGGUGGUGAUCAGUGAGUUGAUCGAGCACCUCACUUUCAACGUGAGGACUAAGAGUAUUGCUAGGAAGAGCUACUUCGGUAGAUAA